AUGGGCUCAAACGACGCUUCUGAACAACUCUUCCACAUCCUUUUGACAACCAGUCAUCUUCAAAAAAACCCAAACAACAUUGUCGAAAAGGUCCGAAUCCCAGCCACCUACACAACGCUCCAGGCGGCCAAAGCUGCGGCAUACCGUUGUCUGUUUGACGCGGGCUACGAAAAGGAGUGGUUCACCACGUACGAGACCAAGCCAGAGAUCUUCGAGAACAGAGAUCUUCCCGAGCGGUCGGGAUUAGCCGUCUUCGCUGUUGCUCCCGAUCGAACAGAAUUCCGGGUCCAUAUCAUCACGACCCCGAAGGAUGAAAAGCUGGUCGCCGAGGUCGUCGAGGGCCACGUCACCAACCCAUUGUACUACGUGGUACAAGCAAAUGUUGAGUACAACGCCGAUGAGGGCAGCAGAGUGAGCGAUAUUGACAUUGAGGGAGUCUUCCAGUCUUACCAAGAGGCAAGGGACUUGGCUAGCCGGGUGUUGCUGUCCAAGGAAGACACGAUUACAAAGGAGAGCUUUGCUGAAUACACUGAAGCAGCCCCUACAGAGAAGGACUGUGGAUAUGGAGAGAAUGUUAUUGUCCGGGCAGUGUCAGAAUACGGGACAAACUAUUUGAUUUCGGUCGUCAAGAACCAGGAACUGGAAGCUGUGCAUCUGGCAGAGGCGGCCAUGAGGAUAUUGUGA